AUGUCAUUGACAAACGUCUACCUUGUGCGUCGGGUGGCCGAUACCUCUGCAAAAGCAUGUUUGAUUUGUUACAAACCAUCAACCAGUGUGAUGAUCACACCGGAUAACAAGGACUUCUUCUACGUGUGCCCCGCACAUUUGCAAGACAAGCAUUUCUGCUCUCCGAUCAUCGACACGGAGGGCCAGGCAAAACGUCUCAAAGAAGAGGAAAUGGCCAAGGAGAUCGAAAAGGUAAAAAAGGAAUACGAAGAAAAACAACGACGGAAGAAAGAACGCGAGAAGGCGUCUAGCAAGAACAAAGACGAAAAAGACAAGGGCAAAGAUGAGCCCAAAGACAAAAAUAAAGAUGCAUCCGAGUCAAAUGCCAAUGACGAAAAAGACAGAGAUGAUAAGAUCGCUUCUAUCCAGAAAGGUUCCGGGAAAGAGACAAAGUCGGAUGAUUCGCCUCGAAUUUUCUCUUUGCACAAGAAUUUCUAUCAGAUGCGCAUCGACCGGCUGCGCAACAUUGAAAUGGCGAAACGCAAUCAGGAAAGAUUAAGGCAGCCUUCACUGUUCCCCUCUGUGCCGUCGGGAAAUCCUUAA